AUGGCUACUACUUCGUUCCAAGGAAUGCCCCCAGAGAUCCUGUCUCGCAUUGCUUUUUACACUGUCGAUUGUGCUACUACCGUAGUCGCACUUCCUUUGGUGUGCAAACAGGCUUAUAUCGCAUCCAUCCCCAAUCUAUACGCCAAAGUCACCGAAAGAGCCCUUCCCACGCUUGCAAAACCGUCUUCCGAAUGUCAGGAACUUAUGGGUUGCCGCCAUCCAGCUUACUACGUCGAGCAUGUCCGCAUUGCUCCUGAUAUAAGCAACGACACAUUUCUCACUUAUUUCGUGGACGCGUUCAAUAACGUUUCCCGUUACGCGAAAAACAAAAAGUCGUUUACUUUUCAGCCUUUUUAUCUCUGUGACUUGCGCCCUGUUCCCAGAAUGGCUAAUUUCGAGUCUAACGGUUUCGAGGCGGUGUCUCUCCGUUGCUCCACACCUCCAAACCUUCCCGUCGAUCUGUUCUCCUCAUUAAUGACUGCAUUGUGCUCUCGAACGUUAAGGAACCUCACGCUUGACUUUCACAUGGUAUCCGUUCCAGUGAUUUUUCCGGUUGCGGCAAACGCACUCAACAAUGUGCAACUGCGUUGUCCGUCUCUACGAACCCUUCACAUCGUCUUCGACGCAUUACGACAGGGACCUAUGACUGCGAUGAACGCUCUCUUCCAUUCUACGUCGUUUGUCUUCCCGCACUUGGAAGACUUCCACCUUUUUGAUAUUGAUGGUGACCUCGAUAUUGCUGCUUUCCUUCUCCGUCACCCGAAGAUCAAAAAACUUGGUUAUGUCCCUGGUUGGACUGUCGAUUUAUUGUCAUUCCUGAAGGAUCCACGACUAGUUCCCCUGUUGGAAUGUUUCUCUGGUUGUGGUCACGUUGUACCAGUUGUUGCUUCAUACCCUUUUCGCCCGCUUACCACAGUCAUUAUCACUGAUUGGAAGCCUGAAACUUCGAAACUGGGGCACCUGAUUGACGGACUUUUGCAGAUACCAUCCCUCCGCGACUUACGUUUCCUUCAGAUUGACUGCUUUACUAUUGAUGAACUACGGAUGUUCGAAUCCGUGUUCCAUACUCUCGAGCUUUUCGAAUGCAAUUUAAUUGCAAACUCCAGCACUCCCGAUAAAACUAUAAUCAAUUCAUUUUACGACUUUUCUACUCAUAUAAGUCCAUCUCUUUCCCGCCUUAUUGUGCAUACUUUUUAUCCUAAGUCAUAUUCAUUGCAAAAUAUUCAUCGCGACGCUAUCGAUCGCGCAUGGAGUGGGCGUACACUGACAACUGCCCUACAUAUAUCUGUUGUAUCCGACAGAGACAAACAGUCACUUUUGGAAUGUCACCUUUCCUCUGUUGUACCUACCGUUCGUAGUCCAUCGGUUUGA